UGGGGGGGCCCCAAGGGAUGCAGCCAGCAGCAGUGCGGCAGCAGAACAUGCACCCCGGUCGCCGGGGGGGCUGCAAGGAGGCCCCGGCACAGCAGGAGAGCCUGCUGGGGAGGUGGCGAGGAUGCUGCGAGGCUGAUUAUUCACAGCUUUCCCUCGCCCCGAUUGGCUCCGCGGUGCCGAACGCAGCCGGGCCCCGCUGCAGGAGGAGACUCCGUGGCCAUAAAAGCGGGCUGGGGAGCCGCGGGCAGCGAGUCUGGUGGGCAACCCGGGUACCGCCGUGUGGCCACCAGCCAGCGUGGCCUUGCCACCGCCACCGAUGCCCGGCUCAGCCUGACGCCCGCGGAGGGACACCCACCACCCACGACUUGUCCUGACUCAGCGAAGCGGGUGCUUGGCGGGACGGGGAGCAGCGGCAGCCCUUUGUUUUCCUCCCCUUUUCCUGCCCCAAUUUUGCCAGUUCCCCCCCCCAGCCACAGGAGCAGGCAGAGCGCUGCGGGGACAUUUGUGGCACCGCCUGGACAAGAUCCCUCUGGGUCAUGCCUUUCCACCCCAGAUAAAAGCAGUCCAGGAGGCAGGCGGGUGUUUGCUGCCAGCACAUCCCGUUGGGGUCAGCUCUUGCUUCCAGGGCCGUCGUGGUCCUGGCAGCACCGCAGUCCUGUGGCACUGCAGCCGGGGCUGGCACUGGCCCCUCCAGCCUUGCCCAGGGGGUUCUGGAGUGGCACCAGGCGCUGCCACCAGCACAGCCCCUCUCCCACCCGUUGCACAGUGUAUUCAGCCCUCCCUGGCCUCGUCCGUGGAGGUGAGAGGCUCUGGCACGGCUCCUGGCAGGCUGAAGGACAGUGAUCGUGGCUUGCAGGUAGGCUCGGACCUGGAAUCUGGCUUUUCCCCCCCUCCCUCCUGCAGCACCAGCCCAGCAGAAGCGAUGGGUGGGAGGGAGGGGACAGAGCUGCCCUGGCAUGGGGUGCAGCAGCCUGGGGUGAGUCCAUACCAGGUGAUGGCAUCCCCCUGUCCCCUUUCUGCUGGCGGCUCCGAUCAUGGUGUUUUUCUUCCCCAAGGCCAAGGGGGAGAGCUGGUGAUUCAUCCCCUCCGUACCGCGCGAACGUGGCGAUCGCAAUAUUGCAGAGAAACUCGGCGCUAAAGAAAAAAAAAAAGGGGGGGUUCUUUCUAAUGGUAUGGCAGGACCAAUGGAGGAGAUGGAUGGG